UGCGCAAUGGGUUGCCUUUCCCAAACAUGUCCGCGGUGUGAGUUUUACCGGUAGUUCUAGACCUGUCGUUGAUUUACUGUGACUGAACGCACCUUGAUCCUCCGACUAUCACGAGAAAGUUGGAUUCACACUCCAGGAAUAUAUGUCUGAAACUAUUUAUAGGUGACCAAUCAGAAUGAAUCAUUUACACCGUGUGACUCAUCUUUUACUUUUUGUUGUGUUAUUUGUCAAUUUUGUCGUCUGCGAUGACUAUUACGAAAUAUUAGGAAUACAGCGAGAUGCCAAUGCAAAAGAUAUUAGACGUGCUUUUAAAAAAAUAGCCUUAAAAGAACAUCCAGAUAAAAACCCGGAUGACCCACUUGCACACGAGAAAUUCUUAAAAAUUAAUAGAGCAUACGAAGUUCUCAAAGAUGAAGAACUGCGUAAGAAAUACGACAGAUUUGGUGAAGAAGGCCUAAACGAACAACAAGGUCAAUGGGGUCAAAAAUAUGAAAGUUGGAACUUUUAUAAAACAGAAUUUGGCUUGUACGAUGAAGAUCCUGAAGUCGUCACACUUAGCAAGUCAGAUUUUGAACAUUCAGUAUUCGGUCAGGAUAUAUGGUUUGUUAAUUUUUAUUCUCCGAGAUGUCAUCAUUGUCACGACUUGGCUCCUACGUGGCGCAAGUUUGCUAAAGAGAUGGAAGGCGUGAUUCGUAUUGGUGCUGUAAAUUGUUGGGAUGACAAUCCUUUGUGUACGGCGCAAGGAAUUAUGUCAUACCCAACACUCAAAAUUUACCCCCGGAAUGAACCUUAUAGCGGUGCUAAAACACUGAGUUCGUUGGUUCGCCAUGCGUUACGACAAGUGAAAGCAGUAGUACAGGAUAUUUGGGCUGGUAAUUUCAAACAAGUACUGACAAGCAAGGAUUUAAAAUCUCAUCCGUUAUUGAUGAUCUACUGUGGUGCAGCUAAAGGGUCCAGUGAUGAUGAUACAUCAGAAUUGGUCUUUUCUGAAUGUCUUACUAAAGAUGAAAGGCUCAAAGUCGCUGCAAUAUUGGACAAGACAGUGACAGUGGCUCAUGUUGACUGUGUUGCAUCAAGUACAUUAUGUCAAGCGAUGGGAGUGGCUGGUAAUAUACUCAAGUUUUAUGAUAAAGCAGUGCAGUGUAAGAAGGAUAGAGGAACAUACGUUGAUAUUGGUGAACCGAAAGAUAUAGCUGACGAAGUGUUAAAAAUGUUACCAGAUAUACAGUAUAUAGAUGAUAUGCAGCUCAAGGCAAUUCGUAAUAGUAGUGAAAGUCCCUGGCUUGUACACUUUGUUGCCAAUAGUGACCAAGUUGAAACUGAAAUGAGAAAAUUACCAUAUUUACUGGAUGAAAUCAAAGUAAGACGCAUGAUGUCACAAGAUGUAGCAGCUUUCGCAAGGGAGAGUUCCAAUUCAGCUGUGCACAUGCUAGAUCCAUCAUAUUUCCCAAAUCAUGUCAUUAACAGUGGGGAGCUGUGGUUUGUUGACUUCUUUUCUCCACACUGUCCACCAUGCAAGCAGCUUAUACCUGAAUGGCGUAAAGCGGCUAAAGAGCUGUUAGGUAAAGUUAAACUUGGUACGGUUGAUUGUACAGCACACAGUGCGCUGUGCAAUGAGUACAAUGUACGAUCGUACCCAACCAUAAUGCUAUACAACCAGUCCACACCACAUCUAUACUCCGGAAGCAAUACAGCUAAAGACUUAGUUGACUUUGUUCAGGAUAUUUUGACACCAUUAGUAGUUGCUUUGACUCCAGAUGGAUUUGAUUCUUUAGUGAAAAGUAAAACAAAAAAGGACCAAAUGUGGUUGGUUGAUUUCUACGCACCCUGGUGCGGACCAUGCCAGGCGCUGGCACCAGAAUGGAGAAAGUUAGCCAAGAUGUUAAAUGGAACUGCUCAACUUGGCAGUGUAGACUGCGUUAAAUGGAAUGAUUUAUGUUCCAGAAAUGGUAUUGGAAGUUAUCCUACUAUUAAAAUGUACCCGCAUGGUAAAAGUGGCCUUGCUGGGUCAACACAAUACACCGGGUGGAUGCGAGACGCUAUUUCCAUACAAGGAUGGGUCUAUUCGUAUUUGCCGUCUGUAGCGACAACGUUAGACCAAAAUAACUUUGUGAGAAAUGUGAUUCAAGACAAUGAGCCGUGGUUGGUGUAUUUUUAUGCUGGUCCUUGGUGCGGGCCGUGUACAAUGUUUAUGCCGCAAUUUGAAAACGCAGUUAGGAGUCUUGAAGACAGAGUGCAUGCUGGGAAAAUGAACUGUGAUCAUAACCAGGGUGCUUGCAUGCAAUCAGGUGUGAAUUCCUAUCCAUCAAUAAGGUUAUACAUGGGAGCAAGAAAAAAAGGUGGAUCACAGAACUAUGCAGGGGAAUUCAUUACUCAUAUGCAAGGGGUUGAUUUUAUAAUAAAUUACGUUAAAGGAAGAAUCCCAGAAAAUAAAUUAAAGAAAAAGAUUCCUCGAGAUGAACUAUAGAAGCUGAAUAACAAAAUGCACUGAUUUUAUGAAAACAAAAGCCUUAUGUGAACUGAGAAUUUUUCAGAAAAACAAAACAAUUGCAGGAUGCACU